AUGGUUGAAACAUCUCAAUUGAACAACAACAGCGAGAGCUCCAACGCCGAGAACGUGAGCAACGACCAGAGGACCGAGCAGGAGACGGAUCUCCUAGAUUACAGCGAGGCGAUGACCAGAGAUACUCCUUCAGCCCUGCUGCAGCCGAGCGGCUUCGAAGGCUUAGGCUCCAGUCUGCCAUCAGUUACCGGCACCGCUACGAGACCACAGGCGGCAGAAACUUUGAGGUCGGAGCAAGGAAUUUCACCUGCCUUAAUCAACUCGAGGGCGACAUCCCUAGCGCUAGAGACCGCGUCCAACCGAUUGACUCCGGUACCUCGCCCCGUAGACAGACAAGUUUUCCCGGUCAAUUCGACUACCGUGACGGGUCGGUCGAUACUAGCUCCGACCCCCCUUCUACCAAAUCCGAACCGAUUCCCAGCCUUGAGUCCCUCUCCAGCCCCACUCGGCUUAGACGACAUCAUAGUGGACAACCAGGAGCUCGAGACGGUAAUCCACCUCUUCAACGAGCAAUGGAACACUUUUGUCCAAGCUCGAGAAAAUCAGAACCCGCGAUUAAUGAGAAUGGCUCUGGUUCAAGCGAUAUCCAGUCAGGAAGAAAUCCGAUUACUAGCUGGUGGAGCGGAGAUGCUCAGAAUUUGCGAAAACUGGAUAGCGAGGGAAGAGUUAGCGGAUCUAGAGAGAUCGGAGGCGGCAACUCGAAAUCAAGCGACCCAAAGAUUAGCUAUAACGCAAACGGCCCACCAACACACGCUUACAUAA